UACGCCCAAAACACUUCCCUGCCCUCCACCCGCUCCCUCCCUCUUCUACUCUGGCCGCGGCUCGAACUUAAACCCUAGAGCCGCAGCCCAGGUCGCUCCAGCGACCCCAAAUCUCAAAUCACCCGGAGCUCGCUCGCUCGUGAAGAUUGUUGUGCUGUUGCAGGCUGAACUUAUGGCUCGCGUCUACGUUGGGAAUCUGGAUCCGCGUGUGACGGCGCGGGAGAUCGAGGACGAGUUCCGCACGUUUGGGGUUCUGAGGAGUGUAUGGGUUGCUAGGAAACCACCAGGGUUUGCCUUCAUUGACUUUGAUGACCGCAGGGAUGCACAAGAUGCCAUUCGUGAAUUGGAUGGUAAGAAUGGUUGGAAGGUUGAGCUGUCAACCAAAGCUGGUGGUGGCCGUGGCCGAGACCGUAACGGUUCUGAUAUGAAGUGCUAUGAGUGUGGUGAAUCUGGCCACUUUGCACGUGAGUGUCGCUUACGGAUUGGUUCGGGAGGCCUGGGUAGUGGAAGGCGUCGCAGCCGAAGUCCUAGAUAUCGUAGCCGAAGUCGCAGCCGCAGUCCAAGAUAUCGAAGGAGCCCAAGCUAUGGCAGAAGGAGCUACAGCCCACGAGAUCGUUCUCCUAGGAGGCGAAGUUACAGCAGGUCACCACCAGGAUCUCGUGCACGGAGUCUCAGCAGGUCACCGCCGCUGCCGCCGCCUCCUCCCAGAAAUAACAGCAGGUCACCACGGGGAGCCCGAGAAAUGAGCAGGUCACCACCACCACCUCCUCCCAGAAAUAACAGCAGGUCACCACCGGGAGCCCGAGACGUGAGCAGGUCGCCGCCACCACCUCCUGAUGCUAGAAGAAGCUAUAGCAGAUCCCCAGGACAGCAGCCCCAGCGCGAUGAGUCCCCAUAUGCCAAUGACGCCUGAGAUUCUUAUCUGCCCCAAGAUGCUGGAAAACGCAAGGGGGCCCAGCAUGUUUUGCCUGAGUGCAUCGAUACAACUGUAAUUCUAUAGGAUGAUCCAGUCUGAGAUUUUGUUCCAGUGUUUUGGGUUUCCCUUGGACACACCGCUGCUGAUACAAUUGUGGAGGCAAACGUUUCUGUUUUUAUGUAUUGACUGGAUGACUUUGGGCGCUUGUAGUUGUCAAGACAAGACCUGGUUCGUGUUACACUUGUAUUACUGGUUUGUAUUCGAAUUUGGACAAUGUAUUUGUCGUGUGCUAUGGGCCUGUUUAGAUCUUAAAUCUUUACAUCCCAAAACUUUUGGCUGUAAACUUUACAUUCAAAUAGGUAUUUAGAUGCUUCU